UUCUGAUAAAACUUGUGUAGUCAGAGCCAGACCAUGACUAUAGCUGGACCUCACCCUAAAUGCACAUCCCAGUUGGCUAUAGAAACAUUUGUGUUCAUAUUGUAUGUGAAUCAUGUAGACUGUUUGCAGGUAGCUGACUUUGGUGAGUUUGUUCUGUGAGUGAACAAGUUCUUAUAAAACGUGCUACUAGACUUGCAUCAAUCAAGUGAAUUAUGUUGAACAACCAGGAAAGCUGAACACUAUUUCCUACAAGCCACUGAACAAUUGUGACAAAAUAAUAAGAAAUCAAGACUCAACUUAAGAAGUGGCAAUAUUUUAUAUGGAAUAAUUUGUUGUGGCAUGGUUGUAGCACUAUGUGGACUUCUGGGUUGAAACCAGUAUUUUAGAGAAAUACGCUAUGUCCAUCUUCAGGGUUGAAGAUGCAUGAAACUUGUGUGCAUUCUGAAAGCUGUGAUGUCAUGAGUUCUUGUUUUUCGGGUGUGAAAACAUACAUUAGCAAACAUUUUGCUGAAAGUUUCAGAGAGGACCAUCAUCCAUUUUAUUUGGAGUUAAUAUGUAUGGAGCUGGUGCACAUGGGGAUUGAAAAGAGUGUGUACAUUGCCACAAGUAAUUUUUGAAGAUGUUCCCUGCAUCUGUUUCAUUUUGUUUCUCUUUGCUCAUCUGUUCAACAAGCUUUACAACACCAAGUAAUUAUUUAACUGGCAGUAGUGACACUGAAGAUGAAUUUAAUUCUGAACCAACCAUCCCAUAUGCUGACAGCACAACAGACAUUACAUCAGGAAUUUCACAUGUUUCUGUAAAUGAAACUUUGAGUACCGAAGUAUCAACUAAUAGAGAAUUAACAGCAGCUUCUUUAUGUUCUGUGCCUGGCAAAGUUCAAGAAUUAACUUUGGUACCAAGUUCCCACAAUAUUAGUUUAACAUGGAAGAAACCAAUUAUUGAUGGUAACUGUGUUGAGCUUUAUGUCAUAUCCUGGAAACCCAAUAUAAGUGGAAACAGUGCCAGCAAGAACGUUACAAGUGAAGAAUUCUUUGUCAUAGAUGGUCUUGAUGCUUGUGUAGAAUAUGAAGUAUCAGUUACAGCUGUGAAUGCAAAUAAUGGAAGCUCAGAAGCCGAAGUUCAAAAUAUAACAACAGUUGUAGAUGUGCCUGGCAAAGUUGAAGAAUUAACUUUGGUACCAAGUUCCCACAAUAUUAGUUUAACAUGGAAGAAACCAAUUAUUGAUGUUAACUGUGUUAAGCUUUAUGUCAUAUCCUGGAAACCCAAUAUAAAUGGAAACACUGCCAGCAAGAACGUUACAAGUGAAGAAUUCUUUGUCAUAGAUGGUCUUGAUGCUUGUGUAGAAUAUGAAGUAUCAGUUACAGCUGUGAAUGCAAAUAAUGGAAGCUCAGAAGCUGAAGUUCAAAAUAUAACAACAGUUGUAGAUGUGCCUGGCAAAGUUGAAGAAUUAACUUUGGUACCAAGUUCCCACAAUAUUAGUUUAACAUGGAAGAAACCAAUUAUUGAUGGUAACUGUGUCAAGCAUUAUGUCAUAUCGUGGAAACACAAUAUAAAUGGAAACAGUGCCAGCAAGAACGUUACAAGUGAAGAAUUCUUUGUCAUAGAUGGUCUUGAUGCUUGUGUAGAAUAUGAAGUCUCUGUAAGAGCUAUGAAUGACAGAGAUGAGAACACAGCUGCUGUAAAGAAUGUGGGAACAGAAAUUGAUGUUCCUGGAGAGGUUCAAAAUCUACUUGUUGAACAAACGUCUCACAAUUUAACAGUAACAUGGUUGAAACCAGGUGUAAAUAGAUACUGUGUAAAAAAUUAUUACCUAGAAUGGAAAGACACUGCAGAUGACAGUAGCAAUACUCGACAAGAGAUCAGCACUGAAGUUUACAAUAUACCGGAUUUGAGUGCUUGUGUAGAGUAUGAGGUAUCUGUUAGUGCAGUUAAUUCUCAAAAUUAUAUGUCAAAACCUGUAAAUAGGUUGAGUACAACAAAUGGAGAAGUAACUGGAGCUCCUGAAUAUAAUGAUACAUUAUGCUUGGAAACUGAAAUGGUCUGUUUAAAGUGGGCAUUACCUGAUCUUAGCUUCAACAGAUGUCAGCUUCAGAACUGUACAGUUGUGUGUAUUGCAGUUGACAUGCCUGGACUCCCUGUUAGAAAUGGUGCAUCAGAGGAAUUUCUAAAUGACUCUGUUAUUGUAAAUGUUGUUGAACUAUCACCUUCUACUAGUUACAGCUGUGUGGCAUAUAUUACAAAUCAAUGGGGCUCAUCCAGGAACAGUUCCAUUAUAUACCUUACAACUGAGGAAGAUGUGCCAGUAGGAAUGAUUGUGGGUGUCCUGUUCGCCAUCAUAGUAGUGGGACUACUGGCAGUUGUGUUUGUCACAUACCGUCAAGGUACUCUUGUUUGGCCACCAAAGUUUUUUGCAAGGGCUAAGCAAGUUACUGUACGACCCCAGCCAAUUCUUUUAAAAAAGUUUCCAGCAUACUGUGCUCAAAUGCUGGAUACACCCACUAGAAUAGGCAGUGAGUACCAACUGUUAGCAACACUGAGCGUUGACAUAUCUGCGUCUAGCUCCUGUCUCAAUGGACAGAUACCAGAAAAUAGGAGAAAGAACCGAUACAUCAAUAUCUUGCCAUAUGAUUCUACAAGAGUAACACUUGAUAUGAUUGAUGGAGACCCAACUUCUCAUUACAUCAAUGCAUCAUUCAUUAAGGGUUACAGCAAUGAUAUUGAGUAUAUAGCAACUCAAGGACCAAAGGAGGAUACAUGUGUGGAUUUCUGGCGUAUGGUUUUUCAACAUGAUGUUCGUGUUAUUGUUAUGGUCACAAAUCUUAUAGAACAAGACAAAGUGAAGUGUCAUCAGUAUUAUCCAAAUCUUCGUGAAAGUGUAGUUUUUGGGGAUAUGACCAUACGCUGUACUACAGAGAUUAAAUUCACCAUUCACACAGCUCGAACACUUGUCCUGAUAAAGGGUGAUAGGAAGAGAACAUUAUCACAUCUACACUUCAGAGAGUGGCCAGACUUUGGUGUUCCACAGAGCACAGACAUAAUGAUCCAGUUUUGUCAGACCAUGAGACACCAUGCAUGUGCAGCUGAACUGGGUCUCAUUCUUGUCCACUGCAGUGCUGGAGUUGGAAGAACUGGAACACUUAUCGCUGUUGAUAUUUUGUUGCAACAUAUUUGUGAGAACAAAAAGGUGGAUAUAUUUGGUACUGUGUUCAAAUUACGUAAACAACGCACAAAUAUGGUACAAACUGAGGGCCAGUACACAUACAUCUACAGGUGCAUUAAAGAUGCAAUAGAAGAUCCAACAAUUGUAAAUCAAGGAACAGUAAUCAAUAACUCGUUGGAGCCUAUCUAUGAGAAUGUGGGCACCUCGCUUAGCACUCUGCAGUAUGAGAAACUACCCAAGGUGAGCUCGAAGAAUAGCAGCUCGGAAAGUGAAUGUGAAUUGUAGAACUAUACAUUGGAGUAAGAAGGAUGGUGAGGCUUAGCUCCUGACAAGAAAUUGUGAGUGGCACAAGAAGACUGCUGCUAUUCUAAUUCACAUACAGUCUCUGCACAAAAGAAUUAAAGAUAAUUAUAUAAUCUCCAAAAAUGUGUCAGUAACCCUUUCCAUGUGGGAUUUCAUUGUGCAAAAUGUUCUUCUGUUAGUAUUAAUAUAUUUAUCAUCUAACAACACAUUUUUCCUACUGAUCUCAAACACUGAAUUAAUCCAUACCAGAAGAUCAAAUGCUUCUAAACAAGUCAUCUCAUAUGUAGCGUGGAAACGGUUAAGUAGAGGUAAGAUUUUUAGUACUGUGUGGUUUACUCUUCAAACAUAAUUUAAAUGGACACUUGGUUUUAAUCAAUAAUGAAAAUUUGUUCCUCAGUAGAGGAGGUAUUGAAACAUCUUAUCUUUAAAGUAAAAUUAUACCUUAUAAUCUAACAAACUGGAUGAAAAUCAUUUAAUAUUUCCCUUUCCAUUUAUUUAAAUACAAUAUUCAUAAUGUCUAUGCUAGUGAUUUUAAAGUAUGGUCUUGUGCUUUUUUCAUUAAUAUACUAAAUGCCAGAUGUAACCAGGAUUAAGGAAUUUUGAAGUUUAAUUCCAAACUUCAGAUUUUCUUUAUCUGCAUGCCCUGAAUGAUGGUAUUGUUAAAAUAUUUUGGAACAUGCAGAGUAAAAUAUUUCUUAAAACUGAA